AUGGCGACGUGCCGGUUGAGCUCCUGGCCCGCCAGGUGGGCCUUGCUCUACGCGCAGAGGAGCUUGCGCAUUCGCGCCCCGCCCCCCCCAGCCGUGAUCGUGGUGGUCGUUCGGGUAGAGGAACGCGGCGCGGUGUGGGGGGUUGGCACAGCCGACCAGCUGGGCGUAGACGGAGUACAUGGUAUCCGCAAAGGGGCGCACGAGCCACAGGUACCAGAUCACCAGGGAGCCGAGCUCGCGAGGAAGGUAGCGGUGCACGAUGUUGGUGUCAUUCGUGAUGUUGGCUCGCUUGUGCCGAAGCAAAAGACCGACAGGUCUAUUCAUCUUAUGAUAAUGGAAGCUCUACGGUCAUGGACAGAAUCAAAGCCCCGUGUUGAAUGGCCCGGGCUUGUUUGGUGGCUAUUCCGCAAAGCGGACAAAUCCGCAAAGCGUUUGGAAGACGCUGAAAAAAAAGCACAAGAUCUCGAACAGCGAGUUGUGCAUUUGGAGAACAUGAUAGAGACAGACCGAGGAUAUCUGUGA